AAGACAGAGGAGUAGGUAGGACAACAACAGCCCUCUGAGGGAUCAUGAGCUGCUCGGCGUCGUCAGACUGAAGUUAUGUCUUGAAUAUGGCCGAUCAGGGGCCGUUUUUAACCUCGUGUAUUAUUUUCUUCUUAUCGAUCGGGGCCGCAAUAUUCCAGAUUCUUGAGGAGCCAAACUGGAAGUCAGCCACAGAAAAAUAUGUCCUCCAGAAGGAAAACAUUCUGAGGAACUAUGCCUGCUUAACAAAAGAAGGUCUGGAUGAGAUUUUGGAGAUAGUAUCAGAGGCUGCGGGCCAAGGAGUCACCAUCACCGGGGAGAUUCAUCGCAACCCGUGGGACUGGGCAAACUCUGUCAUCUUUGCUGCCUCCAUCGUCACCACAAUAGGUUAUGGUAAUGUUGCCCCGAAGACAAAAGGAGGUCGUGUGUUCUGCAUCCUGUAUGGUCUCUGUGGGAUCCCACUGUGUCUGGUGUGGAUCAGUAAACUGGGUUCGUUCUUCGGAGAUCGAGCUAAACGUCUGUCCCAAGUUCUGAUACGUAAAGGUGUUUCAGUGAAAAAAGUCCAGUUUACCUGCACAGCCUUAUUCCUUUUAUGGGGACUGUUGGUGCACUUGGUGAUUCCUCCAUUUGUUUUCAUGGCCGUGGAAAGUUGGAGCUACUUGGAAGGCAUCUAUUUCUCAUUCAUCACUCUCACAACGGUCGGCUUUGGUGAUUAUGUAGCAGGUGUAAAUCCGAACAUACAGUACCCGCGCCUGUACAGAGUAUUCGCGGAGUUAUGGAUCUACAUGGGCCUGGCCUGGCUGUCUCUGUUCUUUAGCUGGAACGUCCACAUGGUGGUGGAAGCUCACAAAGUGCUAAAGAAAAGAAGACACAGGCAUAGACACUUCUAUGACGAGGAACCCCAGCCUGAAGAGGACGAGCAACACGUGGAAGUAAAGCGGAACGUCAUUGAUAUCUUCAACUUCCUGUCUGAGAAGGACGAUGACGACUACAGCACCGUCAUCAAAGAGAUUGGGAUGGAAGCAAAGAGGAAAAAGCCACCAGACAACAUAAAUCGCUCAAAGAGCUGCAGUGACAUCUUGGCCACCAACAUCCGGACGCUGGAUCGCUCACCGCGGCACAGACGUAUGAUCAGUAUCAGCGAGGUGUUCAUGAAUGCAAAGACUGAUGGGGACAAGGGUGAAAAGGAGGAGACGAACCUUCUAAUACAGGAACAGACCAGAGAACCCGAAAAUGCAGCAUGUGCUAAGACGGAAGAUGAAAAGAACAAGGACAGUUGCGUAUUUGAUUUUGACACAGAGGGUAUUGUCUUCACUGCACCUGCCACAGAGGCUACAAAAGAGGAAAUCGUACAGCAUCCCGAAAGCAGCGGAAGCAGGUUUAAAAUAUCCAAGGUAGUGGAAGAAGAUUUGUUAUUGGCUAAAGAUGAAAAAGGGUAAAAGAUCCUUUACCUUCCUUGUAUUUGUGGCACCAGCCAGGCUGUGUUGUGGGAGGCACUACAGUAAUUUAAACAUCAGGAAUACUGUGUUAUAUGAAGAGAACAAGCUGCAUUGUGUGGAAAUGACACUACAUAAUUUUAAAGGAACUGAUGCUGCACUGUCAAAUAGUUUCCUGCCUUAAAAUUACGAUCUUUUUAUCAUUUUUUGAACUGUCUUCAAUCAAGAUUGAUUUUAAUUUUGAUCCUGUAUCCAUGCAGAAUGUUUGCUACAGUACUAAUAACAGAUACAGUACAUAUUAUACAGAUUAUCUCAAAUCACAGUACAGAGCUUUGUGGAAAACAGUGCCAAUAAGCAACUUUCCCUCAUAGGGAGCCGCAACAGUGGAGGCCAUGAUCACUUGGCCGUUAUCAGCGUACUCCAUGCUCACCACUGGAUGCUCUGAGUGAAUGUUCUUGAUCUUCAGGAUCUAGAGAACACAUUAAUAGAAUAAAAGACAAAUACAUUAGGAAUAUUGAUAACACGAGUCCCAUAGUAGAAACUCAGUACAACAAAAGUAAGUACACCUCUGAUCACUAACAAACAACUUAGAAAACGUGAUCUAUGAAACAAGACCGAGUUUAUUCUGAUUUCCAAUCAAACUGCUAGCAUGAAAAUGGCUAUAAAGCAAUCUGUUAACACCGCAGUGUUCAUAAUUUUGGAUCUAUGGCUUGUGUCUAUCUGUGUGUCAGCAUCAUGGCUCCACAUGGAAAAGAAUUGUGAGAAGAACUGAAAAAACUAAUUGUGUGACUUUACAAAGUUGAAAAAGGACACAAGAAAAUUGGUGACCAACAAAAGGUACAGAAUGAGACAUAGUACCACUAAUCAGGACCUCCUCCUAAAAUGAUGCCACGGAAAGUGCACUACUUGCAAAAUUUAGCUCUGAAAACGGAUAGCACAGGGGUGAUCCAUGAAAAUCUGAGUUUCUGUGACAGCUCACACAAUUGAAGGAACAGUGCAUGAUGUCUGCCCUUUAUAAAAGUGUCUAAAUAAAUCUGUUGUUUGCUGUAUAGUACAACACUGCAAAAAUAAAUGUUAUUAAAAGACAUAAAAAAGAAGUCUGGUGGGAAAUGAGAGCAGUCUUUGGUCAUGUGCGACCAAGAACAACAGUGAAUGCAUAGUCCUGACAGUAAGCGCGGAGGUGGGACUGUGAUGAUAUGGAGCCGCAUGAGUGCAAAACUUGUUUGGGAGACGUUGUGAUGUGUGUGUUGAUCUGUUUGUCCUCAAUUGACCUACUUUUGGGUGUGGGCGGGGCUACACACCGGUGUGCAAUUUUCAAUAAAUGACUGCAGCUCAUUCACGAAAGUCGUAGCGUGCAGGCCGAAAGUAAUGUCGGCUGAGUGUGAUGUUUUUCCUCCGUUUUACCGGCUACUCCAGCUCUUGGGAGCCGAUGGAAGCGUUUAUGUUUUGACGGAGAUGAAAAGAAUUAUGAACUGUGGGAAACAAAGUUCCUGGCACAUUUGCGUCUGCCGGACCUGAAAGCUACCAUCCUGGGUGCACAAAGCCGCUGAGUGCGCGUCAGCUGGAGAGCGCAGGGAGCAGAGACAGUGGUGUAGCCUCUGUAAAAGCGCCACGCACAAGGACGCAAACUGUCGGCGGAGAAAGCGGGACAAGGUGAAGCAAGCGGUGGACGAGGAGGACCACACGUUCGCAUUCAAGGUGCAGUUGGAUGCCGCCGCCCCGGCUAGCGCAGUGAGGAUGAAGGGCCUCGUGGUUGACUGGAGCGACGAAGCACAUUAUCACGGACACGGAGAGGUUCGAGGAGUUUGACCCAAGCUUCCAGCCGCAAAGCCAUAUUCUGGAGUUGGCUGACGGAGAACGGGCAAGCGGGAUUACGCUGAAGAAGGGCACCGCCAAAGUGCGCAGGAGAGACAGUAAAGGCCGCGACGUGGUUCUGAUGCUGAAGGAGGCGCUCUACGUCCCAUCAUUUUCCCAAGACAUCUUUUCCGUCAAAGCGGCAACAGCGCAAGGAGCGACUGUCAUCUUCAAAGAGGGACAGAACCGACUCAUCCAUAAAAACGGUACAACUUUUGAUAUUAACACACAAGACAGACUGUUUUACUUAAGUACUCUGAAAGUGAGACUGAUCAAUGUAGUGUGUGUUAUGAUGUUCAGACGUGGCAUGAAAUAUUGGGUCACUGUAAUUAUGAUGACGUGUUAAAGCUGGAAAGUGUCACAUGUGAAUACGCUACUGUUUAACUUGGAAGUAAUGCAUUGUAAGGUGAUACAAUUUUGAAUCACUGGACAUUUCAGUGAUAUUGAACAGGGGUGUAUUCACUUUUAUCGCACACUGAAUUUUUUUUUUUUCUUUAAAUCACUUACUUCAGAUCCUGGAGGAUCUUUAAGGUCGAAGUUCAGCAUCUUCAUAGGAUUUGGAUGACAACCCAGCCACAGGUCGCCUGUCCUGUGGUCCACCUCGAUGUUAUCACAAAGUAAUCCAACACCUACAGACUGUUGAGAAACAUCACAUACAGUAAACGAGAAGUGUUAAUUGCGUUAUGUCCUCUAGAAAUGCUGAUGCAAAGUGAGAGAAAGGCAUGUGUGAAUAUUGAUUUUAGGAAUAAAUCAUGAUAAAGCACAGUAUUUCGAUGAGAAUAUUCAUACCACUCUGGUGUCUGCAUGUUCAAUAUGAAGCUACAUCCAGCAGAAAGCUGGUUUAGUUUAGCACAAAGAUUGUCAGAAAGUGAAAAAAUCUCCCUACCAGCACCUCCAGUGGUAAGAGGUGUGUUACAUUUAAUUCAUUUAAUCCUUUCAAAAAAUGUCCUAAUUCAAUUGGCUGCUGGUUGUAACUUCAUACUUUUAGCAAGCAGAUAAGAUUAUCUCCCAAAAUGCUAAAAUAUUUACUUCAUUUCUUUUAUUGCCGACACUAGAAAAUAAUAAAACGGUCUCACCUUAA